GCUACAGUGGCAGCACGCUCGCAACAACCGCAACAGUUGCCGCCGCGUUAGCACACCCGCGAGCCCGCGACCUCACCACAAGUGUCGCAGUCCGAGUCUGUUGUGUUGUGAUGUGUGCGAGGCGCGCCUGAUCGGUGUCGAGCGGACUCUGGUACCGGUGAGACGCGGUCUGUGCGGAGUCAGGCGCGAUGGAGAUGUCCCUGGGCAGCGGCGUGGACGUGUCGCAGCUGGUGCAGCACCCGGUGCUGGCCGCGCUGCCGCCUUUUUUCCUGCGUGCCUCAGAACGAUACCAGCGGACGCCGAAGUGCGCGCGGUGCCGCAACCACGGCGUCGUGUCCGCGCUCAAGGGGCACAAGCGCUACUGCCGCUGGCGGGACUGCGUCUGCGCCAAGUGCACGCUCAUCGCGGAACGCCAGCGGGUCAUGGCCGCGCAGGUGGCGUUGCGGCGGCAGCAGGCGCAGGAGGAGAACGAGGCGCGCGAGCUGAACCUGCUGUAUGGUGCACCUCCGCCGCAGCCCGCCGCGCCCACCGCACCCCCCGGCGCGCACCCGCACCACUACACAGACCUGCCCGAUGACUCGCCUGUUCAGAAGCGCGCCCGGCUGUCGGAGCACUGCAGCCCGCCGCCCGCCGCUCACAGCCCCCGCGACCAGCGCACGCCCGCGCCCGCGUCCCCGCCGCCCCCUCACUCGCCCUCGCCAUGCCCCUCUCCCGCACCCUCCGAGCGCGAUCUCGACGUGGAGGAGGAGCUCGAGGAGCAGCCGGAGAGCUCGCUCACUCCGGAGAAUCUCUCCAUGAAGGGGCGAGCAGACGACAUGCGCGUCAAGCGCGAGCAUGAUGACAAGUGGGACGCACCGGAGAUCGCGUACGGCUACCGGCCGCGGCGGGCCUCGCCGGGCGCGGGAGGUCUGGGGGGUGCACCGGCCGAGGAGGGCGGCGGCCACAAGUCGCCGGUGGGCGUGCUGCUGAAGGUAUUCCCGCGCCGCAGCCGGCACGAAGUGGAGGGUGUGCUGGCGCGUUGCCGCGGCGACGUCCUGGCCGCCAUGGAGGCACUGCUGGGCGAGCCGGGAGCGGAGGCGCCCUGCGCCGGCUUCCCGCCCAAGUCCGCCUUCUCCCCAUUACCCGGUCAAGGGUUCAAGUUCUCUCCUUCGCGGCGGUUCCUGACGCCCCCGUACAGCGGCACUGGUUACCUGCCAGCCGUGCUUCGCCCGCCGGACUACCUGACGCCCUUCCUGCCGCCCGCCGAGCUGUACGCGCGCGGCCCUCCGCCAUCGCCCUCGCCCGGCACCUCGCCCGCCUCCGCCUCCGACCACACCAACACCGACGGCUUCUCCGACUAGCUCGGGCGCCCCCUGCCCCCGCGCAGCUCGCCCUGUGUGCGUUGUUCUUACUGUUGAAACUUAUUGAGCAACAUGGACAUAAGGAACGCAGUGUCGUAGUGAAGUAAAAUGCGUUCGACAUAUAUUUACACAAGUAAACAUAUUAAAAAAAAUAGUGAAAAACAGUUUGUAUAGUUACAUAGCGUAGUGAUAUUUAGUCGUAGAUUUCAAAUUAUUUUAGCAACAAAUGUAAAUAUACAUAAAUACGUAAUGACAUUCCCAGUGGAAUCAUUCGCUUUGUAAAUAAUGCAGACAGACUACAGAUACCUACAUAUAUAUAUAUAUAUAUAUGAUUAUGA